AUGGCUGACGAGUCAUGGAGGGUGCCAACCCCAGUGCAAGAAUUGGCGGCAGGCGUGGUGGAACCACCGAGCCAGUUCGUGCUGCAGGAGCAGGAUCGUCCUGAAAGCCUGCUAUUGGCCACUCACAUGCCGGAGCCCAUUCCCGUCAUAGACCUCAGCAGGCUGCCGGCUGCCGAUGAGGCUUCCAAGCUCCGGUCAGCACUGCAGACCUGGGGACUCUUCCUGGUUACGAACCAUGGGAUAGAAGCAUCUCUGAUGGACCAUGUGAUGGCCGCAUCACGAGAUUUCUUCCACCAGCCGCUCCAAGAGAAGCAGAAAUUCAGUAACUUGAUAGGCGGCAAGCGGUUCCAGAUGGAAGGUUAUGGCAAUGACAUGGUGACAUCCCAAGAUCAGAUACUCGACUGGCAAGAUCGGCUGCAACUCAGGGUGGAACCAGAAGAUGAGAGGAACCUUGCUUAUUGGCCCAAACACCCUGACUCCUUCAGGGAUCUUCUGCACGAGUAUGCAUCAAAAAUCAAGAAUGUUAGGGACAAUGUCCUACGAGCGAUGGGCAAAAUUUUGGAGCUCGGCGAAGAUUAUUUCAUCAGCCAGAUUGGGGAGAAAGCCCCAGCAAUUGCCAGGUUCAACUAUUACCCUCCGUGUCCAAGGCCCGAGCUCGUCUUUGGCAUUAAGCCUCACUCUGACGGUGGCGCUGUCACGAUACUUCUCGUUGACAAUGAUGUUGGGGGCCUGCAAGUUCAAAGGGAUGGCAUUUGGUACACUGUUCCAUCCAAACCUCACACGUUGGUUAUCAACUUGGGAGACUCCAUGGAGAUAAUGAACAAUGGGAUCUUCAAAAGUCCGGUGCACAGGGUUGUGACGAAUGCAGACAAGGAGAGACUCUCACUGGCCAUGUUCUACGGCGUGGAAGGUCAGAAAGUGCUUGAGCCAGCGGCUGGUUUGCUGGGCAAGGAGCGACCAGCACAAUACAGGAAAAUUAAGGCCGCAGACUACAUUGUUGGGCUCCGUCAAGGAAUUGCGAAAGGACAGAGAUUUAUCGAUACUUUGAAGAUCUAA